AUGUCAAAUGAUAAUGACACAAUGGGAGUGAAAUGUCGUAUAUGUUUAAAGAUUUGUUCAUUUAUGGAAAUGCAACAGAUAUUGCCAUGUUUUCAUUUGUUUUGUCGUGGAUGUAUCACCACUUUAACAUCGUAUCAAAUGACUUGCCCAGCAGCUAAUUGCUAUUCACAAAUUCGUGGCGCUCUGGCGGAUUCUCUUCCAAUUACCAUAAAUUAUUGUGAUAAUAUACUGUGUCCAAAAAAGUUAUCACAAUUUGAAUCUAUCCAUUUAACUGCAUGUCAACAUGAACUUUGUACCACAUGUCUUGAGGAAUCAUUACAACGGCAACCACCUGCUUGCAUCGUCCAAAAUUGCAAUCAAAGUAUUGCUGAAGUGGAAGAUACAUCAUACUUUUGUGAUGAUUGUGGUAAGCAAAUAACUGAUCAAAAGACUUUGAUCACUACUAACUGUUGCAAAUGUCACAUUUGCGAGGAAUGCGUUGAAAAUCGAACAAAGAUGAAAUUAUUAAACAAAGAAAAAUUAAUAUGUACCGAUGGGAAAUGUUUAUUAAAAAAGAAAAAAAUUGAAAAUGAAGAGGUACAAGUAAAAUGUAAGGUAAAAGAUGAUUGUGAACAUACAGCACUUAAUGGUUUUCCGUCAAAUUCCGAAUGUAAUCAUGAUGUAUGCAUUGAGUGUCUUACUGAAAUGAUUUCCGAUUGUGAAGUAAACGGAGUGGCUCCAAUGUGUCCUCAACCGUUAUGUCAUCAGUAUUAUACAAUUGAAUCGGUCAAUGCGUUACGGACACUUUUUCCACAAAAAGCUGAAUUCUUUCAACGAUUUGAUUUAACUGAGCGAAAUACGGAAUUUAUUUGCAAAGAUGAUUCUGUUACAUUUAUCGAUCUGUCAUCUGAAUUCGAUUUCGCAUCAAGACGUAUGGCAGUACGGGUAAUAGCUGAUAGCGAUGAAGAAGUAGAAGCAAUUUUAAUUUAUGAUAGGCAAGGUACCAUUGGUGAUUUUAUUCGCGAGGUUCGCCAUAUUCUUAAAAUAUUACCUUAUGAAAAAAUAUAUGGUUAUUUUAUCAAACAUGAAGAUGAUGGAAAAGAUGAAAAUGAGUUAGCUCAAGCUCAAGAGAUUGCUACUGAUGCUAUAUCAUUAGCAAAAUGUAUCAGCGAAUUAAAUCUUACAUCAACAUCUGUUAUUCAUGUUGAUACUGCUGGCAUUGUGCAACUGUUGAAUAUUGCAAAAAUAAUUGGGAAAUUUAAAAAUUUUAUAAAAUUGAGCGAAAUCAUCGGAAAACAAUGA